AUCCCAGGAAGCAGCGCGGGAAGAGGAGGAAGCGCGGGGGCCCGGCGGCUCCCUGGGUGCAGCGGCACGGCUCCCGCAUGGAGCCCAACGUGCGCUUCUGGAUCACCGAACGUCAAUCUUUUAUUCAGAGAUUUCUUCAGUGGACAGAAUUGUUGGAUCCUACAAAUUUGGUCGUUUCAAUUGAAAAAAUAGAAAAAUCAAGGCAGCUAUUGUUAACAAAUGAAGAUGCAUCUGUACGUGACUUGGAGGACCAAAGGGUAAAAGAUGCUUGGAAGAGAAGUCUCUCAACAGUUCAUCCUGACAACAGCAAACUGAUCCCUGUUCCUUUUCGACCUGCAGCUCUCCUACCUUUCACGGCGCCCAUGAUAUUUUUCUCGAUGCUGUCAGUAAAAAGUCUGAAGUCCCUGAUUUUACCUCAGAUUUCCUUCUAUACCUACACUACAGCGUUCAACAUUGUCAAUGGAAACGCAAGUUAUAAUCGUCGCCUACAUGAGAGUGUGUUACUAGGGACAGGAGUGAUUGCCUCUUCCUCCUUUUUUGGAUUAUUCCCUCGUUUGCUCCAGAUGCGGCUGAAUCACGUUCUGUUGAAAAAAGCCCUUCCCGUCGUCAUUCUCACCCACAUCAGUGCAAUGAAUGUUGUCGCAGCCCGAAGUCUUGAGCCCAUUCGAGGCAUUGAAGUCAUGGAUAAGGAAGGCAAUGUCAUGGGCUAUUCCAGAAAAGCCGGGACAAAGGCCGUUAAAGAUACAGCAACAUCCAGAGUAGUGCUGUUUGGGACCUCAGCUUUCAUCCCUGAAGUCUUCUCGCACUUUUUUGUAAGGACCCAGUUUUUCCGGCAACACCCGUGGUCAUUAUGGACCUUCAAGCUGUCUUGUACCGUCUUAGUAAUGGGACUGAUGGUGCCGGUUUCUUUUAGUAUGUUCCCACAAAUUGAACGGAUACAGUGCAGUGAACUUGAAAAGGAAAUUCAGUCCUCAACAGAAGAAACAGAACUCUUCUAUAACAGAGGGGUGUAG